UAGUGCGGCGGAGGGAUACACAGGCAAUCCCCACUCAGGCCACGGCCAGUAUCCACACAGAUACUAACCCGCCAGUGGAACUCCAUCUAAGGAACCAGCGCGCUUCUUCCUCCACAGACCUCCGAGCACACAACCCACCCAACAUGGCUGACCAACUAACAGAGGAGCAGAUUGCAGAGUUCAAGGAGGCUUUCUCCUUAUUUGAUAAGGAUGGCGACGGCACCAUCACCACCAAAGAACUUGGUACCGUCAUGAGGUCGCUGGGCCAGAACCCUACAGAGGCCGAGCUGCAGGACAUGAUCAACGAGGUGGAUGCAGACGGUAAUGGAACCAUCGACUUCCCCGAGUUCCUGACCAUGAUGGCCAGAAAAAUGAAGGACACAGACAGCGAGGAGGAAAUCCGCGAGGCUUUUCGGGUAUUUGACAAGGACGGAAAUGGCUACAUCAGUGCUGCAGAGCUUCGUCACGUCAUGACAAACCUGGGAGAGAAGCUAACAGACGAGGAGGUGGACGAGAUGAUCAGAGAAGCAGAUAUUGAUGGAGACGGACAAGUCAACUAUGAAGAGUUUGUACAGAUGAUGACUGCAAAGUGAAGCUUGCCCGCCCAUCCUGUCCUCUUAGAAGAAAAAAAAAAUCAAAAA